AAAAGUGCUUUUCUAAAUGGUUUUAUAAAAGAAGAAGUUUUUGUAGAACAACCUCCAGGUUUUGAACAUGAAAGUUUUCCAAAUCAUGUUUUUAAGCUUAAGAAAGCAUUAUAUGGUCUUAAACAAGCACCUCGUGCUUGGUAUGAUAGAUUAAAGAAGUUUCUUUUAACUUCAGGUUUUGAAAUUGGAAAAGUUGAUUCAACAUUAUUUAUUAAGAAAAUAAAUAAAGAUAUUUUACUAAUUCAAAUAUAUGUAGAUGAUAUUAUUUUUGGUUCUACUAACAACAAUCUUUGUCAAGAAUUUGCUAAGACUAUGCAGGAUGAAUUUGAAAUGAGUCACAUGGGUGAACUAAAUUUCUUCCUUGGACUUCAAAUUAAACAAUUGAAAGAAGGAAUAUUCAUCAAUCAAAGCAAGUGUGCAAAAGAUUUACUCAAACGUUUCAGAUUGGAAAAUUCAACAUGCAAACCAACACCAAUGAGCACCACUACAUCACUUGACCAAGAUGAAAAUGGUAAGAAUGUUGAUCAAAAGCUCUAUCGAGGUAUGAUUGGAUCACUUCUUUACAUUACUGCUAGUAGACCUGAUAUUAUGUUUAGUGUAUGUUUAUGUGCAAGAUUUCAAUCUAAUCCUAAAGAUUCACAUCUUAAAGCAGUAAAAAGAAUAUUUAGAUAUAUUAAAGAUACUACAAAUUAUGGUUUAUUUUAUCCAAAACAUAGUUCAUUUGAUUUAAUAUCAUAUAGUGAUGCUGAUUUUGCCGGAUGUAAAUCUGAUAGAAAAAGUACAAGUGGAACAUGUCAUUUCUUAGGACAUUCACUUGUAUUUUGGUUUAGUAAAAAACAAAAUUCAGUGUCAUUAUCAACAAGUGAAGCUGAAUAUAUUGCUGCAAGUCUUGCAUGUGCACAAAUAUUAUGGAUGAAACAAACUUUACAUGAUUAUGGCAUAAAUUGUCCCAUAUCAUCUAUUAUGUGUGAUAAUUCUAGUGCAAUUAAUUUAUCUAAAAAUCCUAUUCAACACUCAUGUACAAAACACAUUGAU